UUAUUUCAUAUAUCUUCUUCAUCUUCUUCCUCAUCAUUCAUCUUCUUCCCUUACCAAUCCCUAACCCCAACGGCCCAACCCAGAUUGAACCUCCUUCCUCCGCAGCCCCACCAGCCACCGUCGUCGCCACUAUCCCGGCACGACGACACCAUGGUGGCGAACACCCUUCACGCCCCAACGAUUUCCCUAACACUGUUUAGUGGUGCUACAAUCCAUCCCGAUUGGGGACUCCCUAAUGGAAAAGGCACUUUCAAGCUGACCUAACAAUGGCUUCUUAGCAUCCAAUGAUGACAAAAUCUGAGAACUACCCUUCUUCCAAUAAACACUACCAUGCUGUUGUCCACUCCCAAAAACACCUGCAACCUUGGAAAAAUCGAAAUUUGAUUUUGAAAGCUUCUGAAAGAUGAGGUCAAGAGCUUCUACCCACAUCAAUAUGGGUGAAACGAUUCUGCCAUUUCCAGAAGGAUCUCUGCACACCCUAUCUUUGGUUUUGUAAUGGGGCAAGUCAGAAUCGAAGUGCACAAGCUCAGAUGCAACAAUGGUGAGGGAGUGUCAAGACUUGAUUGAUUAAUUAAUUAAUUUCAAGGAAGUGUGAACUUGAAAUAUAUUCAUACAGGCUCUACUUGUGCGUGAUAAUAGCAUAACAAAGGUGGGAGGAUCAAGUGCUGGGUUAUAACGGAAGGUUUCCUUGUUACAGGGAAUAAAUCCAUCACUUGGGAGUGGAGAAGAAAAAGAAUGGAGUUUUUGCCAGAAGAAUGCAUUGCUGCCAUACUGUCUCGCACCACUCCGGUGGAUGUCGCCAGACUCUCCGUCGUUUCAAAGACCUUCUGUUCUGCUGCUAAUUCUGAUGUUGUCUGGAAACAUUUUCUCCCUUCCGAAUUCAAAUCCAUCGUUUCCCAGUCUCCUUCUCUUGCCAAUGCUCCUUCAAAGAAAGCUCUCUAUCUAGCUCUCUCUGAUCAUCCUAUCAUUAUUUACGAGGGUAAAAAGAGCUUACAGUUGGACAAAAAGAGUGGGAAGAAGUGUUACAUGCUUGGUGUCAGAGAUCUUUUUAUUGCUUCGGGUGACGAUGAGCGUUACUGGUGCUACUGGAAAAACUUUAAAGGGUCCAGGUUUCCAGAAGUUGCUAAGCUUCGGUAUGUGUGGUGGCUUGGAAUUCGUGGGAUGAUAAACACCCAUUUCUUGUCCCCAAAUACUCAGUAUGGAGCUUUUCUUGUGUUCAAGAUUAAACAUUAUUCCUAUGAAUUUCGUGAUUAUCCGGUGGAAUUAUCAUUAAAGAAUGUAUGUAGUGGCCAAAGCAUGACAAAAAAUGUUUGUUUAUGGGAUCCGUACUUGGACGGCAGGCGGCCGCACUACAGAGUAGAGGGAUUGCAAUGUCCGAGUGUGAGAAGCGAUGGUUGGUUGGAGAUUGAGAUGGGGGAGUUCUUCAAUUCAGGCCUAGAAGAUGAAGAUUUGCAGAUGAGUGUUACAGAGAUGCAAGAUUAUAAGAGCGGUCUCAUUCUUGAAGGAAUAGAAGUUAGACCUAAGAAACACAAUUAAGCAAUCAAAUUUAUUUAUUUAAUUUAAUCACCCAACAAGGCUUGGAUCAGAUUUGAUGCUAGCUUCCAUGUGAUGUGUUCUUAUUCUUGUCCCAAACGGUAGCUCUCUUUGUAAAAGUAUAUGCAUUCUUUUUUAUAAGCAAAUAGAGGAAUCGAACCUAGGCACUUCAG